ACUAGGUUUAAUCAAGAAAUAACUGAAUAUAAACUCUGAAAUAAGUGAUGAUAACAGCCUGUUAAGAGUUGUAUGCGGUAGUGAGGAAAUGUCAUUCCAAGCAGAUGUUUAUAUACAUCUCACACAGACAAUAAACAUGGAUUAUAUUUUUAUUUAAUUAAUAUCAGCCUAUAUAAUCUCUCAUACAUUCAUUGGUGCUGAUAUCAAUAAACUAACACAUCGAGCAUAAUAAAUAAUCCGUACAGCUGAGUUUGUGAGGAGGCCUUCUCUACUUACCUCACCGUGUAUUGUUAACGAUGCAUUGUGGGAUGAAAUAAGAUGCUGGCAGAGAAGAGCUGCUAGAAAAUGCUCAAAACACAAGAAGAGGUGGCAGCUCAGCCAAUGGCAGGAUAAGUUGUGUAGGGCGGGGGAGGUAUUUUACGAGGGCAGUUUCCCCACAUAUUUGCUUUGAGUAAAUCUUGUAAAAUAAUUUGUCGCAGCACGAUCCAUCAAGUAAGCAAAGCUUGAUAUCCACAAAGGGGAAUUACCUGAUUACGAAGGGGAUAGUAUCAGCAUCUCCUAAAUAAGGCAUGACUGACAGGAAGGCAGUAAUCAAGAAUGCUGACAUGUCUGAGGACAUGCAGCAGGAUGCAGUGGACUGUGCUACCCAGGCCAUGGAGAAGUACAAUAUAGAAAAGGACAUUGCAGCCUACAUAAAGAAGGAAUUUGACAAGAAGUAUAACCCUACAUGGCAUUGCAUUGUUGGAAGGAACUUCGGCAGCUACGUCACUCAUGAGACAAAGCAUUUCAUCUACUUCUACUUAGGGCAGGUGGCCAUCCUCCUCUUCAAGUCUGGCUGAGUUCUCUUUGAGGCCUGGAGUGCCUCUCUUCCCAACAUGGACUGUAAUGCACUGGUGGCUGAUGUCACAACCUCCCAUACACUUCAAAUAUUAAAGUUAAAACAUACCAUGAUACACAACUGGCUGUGUGCAACUGCAUGGACUAAGAUGUACCAUAUUUAAUGUGUAUAUGUUACAGUAAAAAUAUUACUUUUCACUAGUUUCCAUAAAAUGCAACUGGAAGAGAUUUUUGUUAAUGCUACAUUUUGUUAUAAUUAAUUUGUAAAUGCUUUAACAGUGGCCUUUGAUUGUAUAAUAAAUGAAAGCUAGAGAUUGUAGUUGUGCAUCUGCUUUCCCCCAGAGCUGUUUUGUUUUUAGUGACUUCUGUCCUGUCAUUUUAAAUGUGUUUAGUUGCUCCAGAUGUUGACGUACUACAGCAGUUUGUAAUACCUGUAUAUUGCCAGAGGUACAAGUGAGCCUAGCGCAGUGUAUUUGGACAUGUCGUCCCAGAUUUGCAACUGCUGUUAUCGAUCCCAUUAUCUCACAAUCUUAUUUCAUGAGCUGGACUGUCAUCUGGCAUUUUUCUAUUGCUAUUUCUAUUCCAAGCUAGUAGAGUUCCUGUGCUAACUUGUUUAGAUGCUUGGAGGUUCCAUUUGCAGAGGGUUGACACCAUCCACACUUGAACCUAUUCUGGCUGUGCAACAAAGGACUGAAUGUUGGCGUUCAGGUCCUUUUGUAGACUUUCAAAUUGUAAGACAAUAUUAAUAAUUAGUGGUUACAUUUUUUUUUUACUGUAUUUGCUAUGUUGGUUGUUUCUGUUUAUAGUUUAAUGCAAAUUGCUGUAUGAUUUGCACAGACGUACCUCUUAUUGUUCUCAGUUCAUGGGCACCUGAACUCAAUUGCACUUCACUAAAGGGAUAUUUCGGCAAUGAGGCCCUAGAUCUACUCUCCCAGAGUCCGAUUCACUUGAUACCAUUAUGUCUGUCCAGUGUGGAGGAAGUUGGUAGUUUCGUGAGCUAACGCUAACUAGCGUUGGUGUAAUGACUUGAAGUUGCUAGUAGAUAUAGCGCGAUGACUGGAUGUCUAUGGUUAACGGAUCAAAGUUAUAAUUGACUCCCGGCAAGUAGCUAAAGGGCCUCGUUACCAAAAUGCUGAAGUGUCCCUUUUAAAGGUGUCCAGUAAACUUGGAAACUUUAAUAUAGUCAAUGUAUAAUCAAGCCAAUGAUUAAACGUUUCAUUGUAUCCUGA